AUGUAUAAACUUUGCCUGAAAUUUUUUAUUUAUACCUUAUUAAUUUGGGCUCUAUGUAGUCCCUGUAAAGAGAAUGUCGGUGAAGAGUAUUCUUAUCAAAGUGAACAAAUUAAAACGUUACAUUUAAGAGAUGGAAGAAUAUUAAUUGAAGAUGGAAGCAUGGAAUCACAUUCAAAAUGCGUUAGUGAAAGUUCAAAAUGGGCAAAUACUGAGAAAAUAGGAAACCAGGAGAGCAAACAAACUGGAAUUGUUGUAGGGGCACAUGGAAGUACGUAUCACCCGAUGGAUGAGAAAGACACAGAAGAAAAGAAACAUCUGAAAGGCAUAGGAAAUAAUAUUAACGGCCCUAAAAGUAAUUCUAACAAGAAAAAAAAAAAUGAUGUUUCUGUUAGUCCUUCACUUUUCGCAGAAUUGUUAUUGAAGAAACCAGAAAAGGGUAUUGAUAUAUUAAUGCUUUAUGCAGGUGGAUUUUUAAAAUAUGCGAGUAACUGUUUUUUUUAA